AUUUGUCCUGGUGAGAACAACGUUUUAGUUUUCAUGGCUCGUCUUUAGCAUGAUGUCAUAAAGUAAAUGACAAAAGAAAAAAAAAUAAAACAAAAGGAUAACAAAGUGUUAAUGAAAUUUCUCCGAAAAAAGCCUCAACUUCCUACUACAGUAUGGUGCUGUCAUAGAAGAAGUUUUUUUUUUCUUUGAAUAAAUCAAAACAAACGGUUCGGUUCUUGGAAAAUGUUAAUGUCGCCUAAGAAUUGUGACAAAUUCGUUUUUCAUAACGGCCAAUUAUUGGAGAGGACAGUAUUACGUGUCAUAUAUAAGAGAAAAUCAGCAAGAUGUCCGAGUACUGGCUUAUUUCAGCCCCUGGCGAUAAAACUUGCCAGCAAACUUUCGAUACCAUGAACAAUCUCACCAGCAAACAAAACAAUUUGUGUAACAACUUCAAGUUCCACAUUCCCGAUCUGAAGGUUGGUACUCUCGAUCAAUUGGUGGGUCUUUCCGAUGAUUUGGGUAAAUUGGAUACUUAUGUUGAACAAAUUACCCGUAAAGUUGCUGCCUAUUUGGGUGAAGUGCUGGAAGAUCAACGCGAUAAAUUGCAUGAGAAUUUACUCGCCAACAACAGUCCCGGACCGCCUGAUGAUUGCUGCACAACAACUACGCAUGCCACAACCACCCCUAGCACGACCAUACAUUCAGAUUUAACGGGUAAAUCAUCAAAUCUAUCGAAUAGCCAUGACACAACAACUACCACCACUACAACUACUUCUUGCUCAGUUUGUCCAUCGGGAAGUUGCAUGAAUUUUUCUUCCAACGAAGAGAGUGAUCGUGAUUUUGAUAUAUUAUCGACGGCCUCGCCGCCAACGUGUCCCUGUGAUUUUGCUGGCGAUGAUAUGGCAAGCAUGGGUGCCACAAGUCCCACUACCGUGGCCAAUGAUAAUUGCACACUAUCUUCGGGUAACUCGGUAAUGAAUCUAAGAACAAUUAAUCCAUUUCAACCGCCAACCACACGUCAACGUCAUUUUGGUCUGACAUCACCGCUGAGAAAAGAAAGCGGUACCUCCGCCUCAUCAUCGUUUAAUAUAUCCACAGCCAUUACCGCAGCAAAUACAUGUGCCACUGGUCCAGUCACAACGGCAAAUAGUUUAUAUUUCUGUUCAAGUUCGGCGCCCACAGGUGGAGCUGGUGGUCUAACGGCUCGUUCACUAUUCAAUAAGUUGACAUCCAGUCAUCACAACAACAAUACAUGUAGCAUAAAUAACAAUUCCACCUCCACAACGACCACAACAUUAUGUAGUCUAACCAAUCAAAAGACGACGCCAUCAACACCAACACAUCACAAUAAUUCUUCAGGUUCUUCUACGUCUCGUGGUUUUGCUGGAUUUUUUUGUGGCAAUCAUAGUCGCAGUACUUCGAAAAUGGAUGUCAAUGAAAGUCAUCAAUAUCAUCAGCAGCAACAACACCAACAGCAUCAUAACCUAAAUAAACAGCAGGAACAUCAACAGCAGUCACACAGUCAUAAUAAUCACAGCCAUCACCAGCAGCAACAUCACUCCCACAGCCACCAACACCAUCAUCAUGAUCCACAGGACCAGCAUUAUGGUGGUCUUGCCGAUAACAAUCAGCAUAAACAUUUGAAAAGUAGUGAUAGUUUGUCGGAUGAUGUUAGUGAUACAUUUGAAUGGUGGUUUCAAAGACACAAAAGAAAUUCAACAAAAAAGAGCAGUCACUUAUCAACGAGUCAAUUAAAUUUAAACAUUGGAUUUAAUUUAACAUCAACUCAUAGAUCGUCGCCAGUGAGUAGUUGUUGUGGCAGUAGUAGCCAUGGUCGUUCCAGUCCGGAUAUUGAUAUGGGCGAACCGCCAGCGAUGCCCUUGAGUCCAGCCGAUUUACCCAAUUACAUUACACGCUUCCAAUGGGAUAUGGCCAAGUAUCCAAUUAAGCAAUCUUUGCGUAACAUUGCCGAUAUCAUUUCCAAACAAGUUGGUCAAAUCGAUGCUGAUUUGAAGACAAAAUCGAAUGCCUAUAACAAUUUGAAGGGCAGUUUGCAGAAUUUGGAAAAGAAACAAACUGGCAGUUUGUUAACCCGUAACUUGGCCGAUUUGGUUAAAAAGGAACAUUUCAUUUUGGAUUCCGAGUACUUAACCACUCUCUUGGUCAUUGUACCAAAAAUGCUGGCCAACGAUUGGAUGGCCAACUAUGAAAAGAUCACCGACAUGAUUGUGCCACGCUCAUCGACGUUGAUUACCCAAGACAAUGAUUACUGCCUCUACAAUGUCACCCUAUUCAAGAAGGUUGUUGAGGAAUUCAAAUUGCAUGCCCGCGAAAAGAAAUUCAUUGUACGCGAUUUCGUUUACAACGAAGAAGAAUUGGCCGCCGGCAAAAACGAAAGAACCAAAUUGAUUACCGACAAAAAGAAGCAAUUUGGCCCCCUGGUCAGAUGGUUGAAGGUGAACUUCAGUGAGGCAUUCUGUGCUUUGAUCCAUGUCAAGGCAUUGCGUGUCUUUGUUGAAUCUGUUUUAAGAUACGGUUUGCCUGUUAAUUUCCAAGCCAUUCUCAUUGAACCCAACAAGAAGAGCAUAAAGCGUCUACGUGACUGCUUGAACCAAUUGUAUGGUCAUUUGGAUGGUGCUUCAGCUGGUGGACAAUUGUCGGGCAGUGGUGCUGAUAAUGUUGAUAUUCCCGGCUUGGGUUUCGGUCAGGCGGAAUACUUCCCCUAUGUAUUCUAUAAAAUCAACAUCGAUAUGGUAGAAGCUGCUAAAAUGUAAAACCUGAUAUGUUGUUUUCCAUGGAACAGAGAAGCAAACAUAUAUGUCUGUAUGUGUGGGCAAAGGCAACAACAGCAAAAAAGAUAAUUUUCAUAAAUAAUUAGCUUAAUUUAAACAAUAAAAAAAGUCGUGUAUAAUUGUAAUUUCAAGAAACAAAACAAACAAACAAACAAAAAAAGAAACCUAAGUAAAACUUAAUACUAUUAUUUUAAAAUACUAUGUAUGUAUUGUACAAAACAAAGAACUAUUAUUCAAACUGGCAAAGAAACAAAAGCAGUGAUACAACCAAACCCUACAGAACAACUGAUAUGGAAAUUACACCCAAAAGAAAAGCUGGCGGCGGCUUGUGAUUAUUUCCAUUGAAAAAAAAAACUCCUCUUGUUUCCUUGUUUUGUUACAUCGAUAAUUUCCUCUUUUUCUAUUAAAUAUUAAGUUCAUAUUUUUUUUGUCCAUAUUUGUUAUUACAUAUUUAAAAGAAAAUAUAAGAUUCCCCCUACAGCCACACAAAAAAUAAGUGCUAGAAGGUAGAACUUUUUUUUGGCUGUAAUGUUUUUUUUUUUUUUUCGUUUUGAUUGUUAACAGUAUUCUGUGUAUAACUAUGUUAAACAAAAUAAUAAUAAAUCUAUUAAAAAAAAAGAUUUUAAGAAAAUAAUUUUAAACAAAAAAAAUAACACGUUUUCUGUUUUUAUUUUAAAUAAUUUUACCAAAUAUUUCAUCAUUUGUUUUUCUUUCUUUCAAGCACAAAAUUCCUGGUUAUAAAAUAUUAAUAAUAAAAAAUAGCAUCUUUACUCUAAUUGUUGUUGUUUUAGCUAUUAUUAAUACUAUUUACAAUAUAAUCAACAAUGGAACAAUAAUGUCUAAAUUAAACAAAACAUGUUGAUACUUACGAAUAUGCUAUACAUAUAUUUAUAUACAAAAUUAAAUAAAAAAAACAAACAAAAACAACCAGCAUAAACUACAUAUAUAAUCAUGUUAGAACUAUUUCAAUUUAUGUGUAAAAAAACCAAAAGCAAAAAAACACAACUAAUUGUUUACAUAAUUGCUAGCAACAAACAAAACAACAACCUGAUAUGUUUUAUAAUACCAUCUUUAAAACAUCCAAUAUUCAAAUUCAAAUGAUACAAGAAACUAACAAUGCCAUCCUUGUAAAUAAUUAUAUUGAAAAGAAAAGAUGAAGAUGAAGAAGAAGAAAACUGAAAAUGAAAACAAGAAAAAGACAUUCCAAAA